AUGUCUCUUUUGGUAGUCGGAUCUGGAGUGUUUGGGCUCUCCACUGCCAUUGAGGCCGCUCGCAAAGGCUAUUCUGUGGUGGCUAUUGAUAAGCAUUCUGUUCCGUCACCGUACUCUGCCGCUUAUGAUUUCAACAAGAUCAUUCGCAGCGAGUACGACUCACCAAUGUACGCCAAGAUGAGCUUGGAUGCGAUGGAUAUCUGGACUUCCGACCCGAAGUUUUCAAAAACCUACUUUGAGUGUGGCCGGCUGUCAAUUUGUCCGACGUCCAACGCUGGCAGACGGAAGUUCGACGACACGUCGAUAGAGGUGCUCACACAGCUCGGCAAGGCUGACAAAAUCCGCAAGUACACGGACGGAGAAACGCUGAAAAAGGACCUGGAGUGUCUUAAAGACUGCGAGUUCUCGGAAAAUGAUGUCUACGUGUACAACGGCAGAGCGGGAUUUGCACACGCUGCGAAUGCUCUGAAGGCUGCGUACGAAAUAGCCACAGAUCUGGGAGUCAAAUUUGUGUUUGGUGAGGCAGGAGAAGCUACUAAGAUAAUUGAGGAGGAUGGAAAAUCGUACGUGUUGACCAAGUCAGGCGCAAAGUACACCGCAGAUCGGAUCCUUGUCACCUGUGGAGCCAGUACCGGCUACGUGAUCAACAUGGGAGGAAUCCAAUCUGCUUCAGGUGUGUUUGUUACACAUGUUCAGUUGACCCCUGAAGAAGCUAAAAAAAUGCAGGACAUUCCGAUUAUCUUUGAUGCUGGACUAGGCUACUUUUUCCCACCCGAUCUUGAGAAACGGCUUGUCAAGAUCUGUGUUUCCGGAACGGCAGCCGCUCAUACGGUCGACAACCCGCACGCACAGGGCAAAGUCUCGCUUCCUCGGUACAAAAAAGAUUCUCCAACAGACACGAUUCCGAAACAUAUGACUUUGCAGGCCAGAAAGCUUUUGGGCAGGUACUUUCCAGAGCUGGCUGCGAAGCCUUUUGUUGAUAGCAAGACGUGCUGGCUAGCGGACAGUUCCAAUUCGGAUUUUAUCAUAGAUAAGGUGCCAGAUUACAAAAACGUGUAUGUGGCUUCAGGGGACUCUGGUCACGGGUUCAAGUUCCUGCCCAAUAUUGGUCAGUACAUUCUCAAGCUAUUGGAUGGGCAGCUGGAUCAGGAAAUUGUCCAGAAAUGGAAGUGGAGACCCGAGAUCGAGGGGGUGGAAAAGUACGAAAAGACAAACUGGAAGCUAACCAAGGAAUUACUCGAUUUUAACAAAAUUGACUUUGUGGAGGAAUCCACAGGAGACAGCUUGUCAUAG